UGAAAAUGUCGCUAAAGUUAUAUAUUCCGAUUAAGAAUUGAAGUAAAUAUUUAAUUACCAUGGAUACGAAUCGUAAUUUUUAAAUUAAAAAACAGAUUAUAAAGUAACGAGAGAACUUACAUGGAUACCGAAGGCCAAUGGUCCGCUUAUAGAAUACCCGGUUAUGCGGGUUUUGUUCCCGGUAAGAAGGAUAUUUAUGGAAAGUCCUAUGGGAAGGUGCCAGUCUUCAAAGAUGCCAAAGAAAAAAGAAACGAAACGAGAGAAAUUACAUCGGACGAAUACAAUACGAAAAACACGUGGCAAGUUUUGUUACCUCCCGUUAGAGUUAUACCUGGUUAUACCGGACAUCUUCCGGGGAAAAGUUACGUAUUUGGUAAAACAUUUACCCAACAAGUAGACGAGUGUUUCAAUAUUUUAGCUACUGCAAAAAAAGUAACCGAUGAAAAACGAAGAAAUUUCUCAGAAAUGUCCGAAAUGAAUAAUUCCAAAAGUCUGGAUAAACGAAGACCUACAAAUCAAAUAAUUCGGCCGGAACAUCCCCAUUUAAGUAGAACGACUGGAACUCCUUUAACGAAAGAGAAAUCCCCCGAAUUCCAACAUCGAUCUUUGCAAAAGAACGGAGAUUCGGCCUAUGGCCAAAACAAUUCUUCGAGAUUAUCAAACAAUUACAACAGAGAAUCGAGGACGGAACUUUUAAAUUCCUCAAAAAUUGAUAACAAUUUAAAUGACAAUAAAACGUUUGAGGAUAAAGAGAAACUACGAAGAGAAACAACGGAUAAUGGGAUACACGAACCUCGCUCGAUGGAAAGAAAUUACGAAUAUUACAGUAAAAAUAACGUUUCGCCCGAAGUUAAGACAGAAACAGCGUAUUCUAGAAAUUACACUAGAGAAAAACAAUACCAGAAAGUAUACGAACAUAAAAUGCGGGCUAAUUCGAUAAAAAAUGGCGAAAAUUAUUAUCCGUAUAAAGAUUCGCCUUGUAACGGUGUCGAAAAUCGAAGAUGCAGCUGUUGUCGAUCGUAUAAGAAUGCGUUUGUUGAGAAUAACGAAGAAAAAACAGAACAGAAAUGUAAUAAAUACGGAAACGACGAAUCUAAACUGAGCCCGUCUCAGAAUUAUUAUAACAAUAAUUCAUCAAAUAACAGCAGAUAUAAUUUUGAAAGAAAUUUUACAGAAACAGCCCCGUCAAAUGGAGAAGCGAACCAUCGUAGAGUGGACAACAAAUCAAAACACAACGUGGAGUUUUCCCCUUCUGUAAAAGAAAAUGAAAACAAUGGAUCGGUUAACGAAGAGAGUUUACACUUUGAAAACCCAGAAACGAAUUGGGCAAACGUGGAACGUGAAACCAUGCUAAAAUCCUCGUCGGACGUUGGGAACAUUGGAGAAGAAUUGCCACCGACAGAAGCCAACGGAUACGAUCAUAGGUAUUACCACGGUCCUACAGAAAGGGGUAGAGAAGUUUACGAAAAUUCAAAUCGUAAUCAUUACUGGCAAAAUAAUAGAAAUCGGAAACAGAAUUUCAACGAGAAAAACUUUGGUAGAAAGGAAGACAACGCAAAUCGCGGCACAAGAUAUUUUAAUACGUCAUUGUAUCCCCCGAUAUCCGGAUAUCGCGGUUAUAUUCCUCGUCUGAAUUCUUCUUCGGCUCUGGGGAUACCGUUCGGUAUUCACAUCGACCGCAAUGUUAGAAAUUAAAUUCGGACCGUACGGAUCCAAAAUUUCAUUAUUUAUUAGUUUCGGGUGGGGGGAAUUCUCAUUUGCGACCGUGAAAUGGGGGGCAAAUUUACUUCGAUGGUCAACGGGUACGCGUAAAAUGUGCUCUGCUCGUGCAUUAUUUUGUGCACGUUUCAGAUCAGACGCACUCUAAUCGAUACGCCAUUUGUCAUUUGGUGAUAUAUUUUACAUGGAAAAAUACUUCAUCAAAUAAUUACUCGAGAGAUCGAUGGGUAUUCGGUGCCGGUCACGGAUACACGGGGACGGUAUUUUGUGAAAGGUGCCACACGCUCGAAAUUUACAAAAUCGACUAUCUUAAUUUAUUUUAAAUACAUUUUCUAAUGUAAACGAACCCGUUUUAUUCGAAUAAAAUU